AUGAAAGCUAGUGGAGAUGAUGGUAGCGGAGGAAACAUCGGCAGCAGUAUCGGUGGUAAAUCAUCGAUAUUGAACUUACGGUUUCUAAGUAAUGCAGGUUUCAAACAGGCACUGAGCUUAAUCUUCUGUGCUGGUGGUAUCCUAGUGUGCUAUCUAUUAUUUGGGGUUGUUCAAGAGUCUAUAACCAGAAGUAAAUAUGGCCAGAAUGAUCGGUUUACUUUCACUCAGACGUUGGUUUUCGUACAAUGCGUUGUUAAUGCUAUUUUCGCCUUUGUAUUGAGAGGAAAGACACGGGAUGAUGUUCCAAUAAAAAUUUAUGCUUCUGUUGCGAUGAGUUACGUGCUUGCAAUGAUGGCAAGCAAUCAUGCGCUGCAGUUUAUCCCGUAUCCUACACAAGUUCUUGGCAAGUCCUGCAAACCAAUCCCUAUAAUGAUAUUUGGAGUUCUUUUUGCAAGCAAACGAUAUUAUUGGAGAAAGUAUUUAUAUGUUUUUAUGAUUGUAAUUGGCGUGGUUCUUUUCCUUUACAAAGAUCAACCGAGUAAAGGGACAAAUCGAGCAGUUUUUGAAGUUGGAGUUGGCGAACUAUUUUUAUUAUUUUCUCUCGCAAUGGAUGGAACUACCGGAGCUAUCCAGGACAAUAUAAGAAGACACUAUACUGCAAAUGGUCAUUCUAUGAUGUAUUACAUGAAUUUUUUCUCGACUAUUUAUUUGUUAAUGAGCAUUCUCUUUACGGGAGAGUUAUGGUCAUUUAUUUCCUUCGUUAAAAUUUAUCCGUAUGUUAUAUCAAACUUAUGUCUUUUGGCCAGCGCAAGUGCAUUAGGACAGUAUUUUAUUUUUAAAACUGUUACAACGUUUGGGCCGUUAACGUGCUCUAUAGUGACUACAACGAGGAAGCUUUUUACAAUGCUAGGUUCAGUUAUUCUAUUUGGCAAUACAUUAACGAACCGUCAAGCUCUUGGCACAGUUAUUGUCUUCACAGCUCUCUUAUUAGAUGCAAUUGAAAGCAAGAAGAAAAGGGCGCUAUCACAUAGUUUAAGGGCAGAGAGCUUCCGGGACUUUGCUGAUGAAUACAGAUUUUCGGUUGGCGUUGUUUACAAAGGAGGAAACGUCGUAUUUACUAAUGAUGGCAACUCGUUGAUAAGUCCCGUUGGAAAUAAAAUAACAACCUUUGAUUUAAAGAAUAAUAUUGCAAAAACUAUUUCUGUGGAAAGCGAAUUGAAUAUUCGGGUCGUUGCUCUCCAUCCUGCGGGAACUCAUCUAGUUGUUGUUGAUGAAGCAGGUGAAAGUCUAUAUAUUAAUGCACGGUCUGAAGUUGUGCUAUGGAGACAUAGGCUUCAUAGGAAGGUUCGUGAUGCAAAAUUUUCGCCGAAUGGAAGGUUUAUUGCCUUCUGCCGUGGUGGAGAUGUUCAGGUCUAUUCUCUUUCUGGAUGCAAGUCGUAUCAGUUCAGUCCAUUUGUGCUUUGUGAGACGUAUAUGAUGACGACAAAUGAAGUAAGAAAUCUCUGUUGGAGUGAUGAUUCACGGUUGUUAGCAUGUGGAUGUGAAGACAAUCGAGCACAAUUGGUCGCAGCAGGAGGACAAGUGCAAAAUUUUUACAUGCAGACUCUUGGAAGCCACAAAGGCCCUGUUAUUGGCAGCGUCUUUUUUGAUAAAAGUUAUGACUUGGUCACAGUUGACAAACGCGGGUUAGCAAAUCAUUGGAGCUGCAAUUUGAGUAAUGAGGAUCUCGUGGAGGGUUUCUGUAAAAAGGAAAUUGAUGAAGAAGUGAAAAAGAUAAUUUUUAAGAAGACAACAAAGAAAAAUUUGAUGGACCAUUUGGAAAACACAGCUGGAGUUAACGCUACUGCUUGCGGUUUUCAUUACCAGACAAACCUUUUGGUGUGCGCAUUUUCAAAUGGCGUUUUGCUUCUUACAGAGAUGCCUUCAUUUAAUCUUAUUCACAGUAUAAGGGUCUCUGAACUCAAAGUUAAUGCCAUUUCCGUUAAUAAAGACGGCGAUUGGUUGGCUGUUGGUUGUGGCAAAGGUAGCGAAGGUCAGUUAAUUGUUUGGGAAUGGCAGAGUGAGUCGUACGUAAUGAAGCAGCAGUCACAUGCCCAAAAAAUAACUGCUGUCGUCUAUUCUCCAGAUGGAGCAAAAUUAGUCACUGGGGCAGAGGAUGGAAAGUUAAAACACACAAGUGGCGUUACUGAUGUAUGUUGGACUCCGGAUGGCAAAGCCGUCCUUUCUUCAUCUCUUGACGGCGUUGUUAGAGCUCAUGAUAUGCUAAGGUAUCGGAAUUUUCGGACUUUAGUUUGCCCUGAACAAACCCAACUAGACUGUUUAGCUAUCGACGCUGGAGGAGAGCUCGUGAUGGCGGCUUCUCAUGAGAUUGCAAAUAUAUUUAUUUGGAGCCUUCAGAACAGUCAGCUUCUUGAUAUUUUAUCUGGGCAUGCGGGGCCGAUUUCGAGCAUCUCUGUCAAUGGUGGCUCGUUAGUUUCCGGUUCUUUGGACAAAACUUUAAGGAUUUGGAAUGUCGUAGAAGCAUCGCAUGCAGAACCAAUUGAACUUACCGAUGAAGUUCUAGACGUCUGUUAUUCUCCUUCUGGCACUGUUAUUGCAGUACUUUGCCUGGAUGGCAUUAUCAGUCUGUUUGAAACUCUAAACCUGUCUCAAAUUGGAGAAAUUAAUACUGAGAAGGAUGUUGACGCAGCUCGAGGCGCCACCGACAUUAUAAAAAAAGAUACGAGUGGAAAGAGCAAAACAUUUAAUUGUAUUUGCUUCUCAGCGGAUGGCAGUUACAUUUUGGCAGCGGGGCGCUCAAAUUUUAUUUGCAUGUACGAUGCCGCAGAAAGAAUCAUUGUGAAAAAAUUUAUGCUCACAAUAAAUAGAAGUCUUGAUGGCGUACAGCCCGAUAUCAAUAGACGGAACUACACUGAAUUUGGAAAUAUGAUGUUAAUUGAUACCUCGGAUAGUGAGGAGGAAGAGAAUGGUAAAAAAAGAAUUAAGUUGGCGGGAAGUAGGGAUAAUGACUUUUCGGAAAGGCGAUUUCAUCCAGAGAUUCGGGUUAGCAGGAUAAGCUUUUGUCCUACAGGGCGAAGCUUUGCUGUUUCUUCUACGGAAGGUAUUGUUAUUUUUUCGUUAGAUCACAGCAGUUUGUUCGACCCUUUCGAGCUUGGUACCGAAGUUACACCUGAAGUAAUUUUUAAUACUUUGAAGGAACGUAAAUACAGUGCAGCAUUGAAAAUGGCUUUGCAGUUAAACCAGUCAGAUAUUAUCUGCAAGGUUUUUCUUCAAACGGAUUUGUCUCAACUUGAUGUCGUUGUGGGUUCACUGUCGUCAGUCUAUGUUACUAGGUUACUUAAUUGGAUGUCCGAAUGCAAUGAAAUAAGUUUACAACAGAAUUUCCACCUAUGGCUUCUUUGGUUAAAAAGCCUGCUUACUAAACAUGGAAGAACUAUUAAACUAAAUCGGAAAACUAAUCUAGCAGCUUUGACGGGUAUACAGCAAAAUAUUUUCAUGCAGUCGACACACAUAUCAAAAAUGUAUGUUUAA